CCAUGAUUCGCCAGAUAAGGAUUCUGAGGUAUUUGCACCAGCACGCCCUCAGAGUCGCGUCGAAAUACUCGCACUCGACAAUCAUGUCCUUCUGUCGACCCUCCAUGGAGAAACACUACAAGUUCAUCCUGUGUGCUUGACUAACAUUCCCAGCCCAACCUAGCAGGUAUUACAAGUCGUUCCUGCUGAUUGUCGUGAUUUGAUAUUUAGCCAACAACCGUCCAAUACUAACUGAGUCUCCAUUUUCUCGCUGGUCGUGUCCAACCUGUUGAGGAUGCAAGAAGAAUCCGAUCACUUCUCUCCCUACAGGGCAGAUGGGAAGUUAUAUGGCUUUGUGUGCGUGGUUACAGGCGCAAAUAUGCCAGUGGGAUCAGCCAUUGUAACAGAAUUAGCAGCACACGGCGCAGCCUGUAUCUACGCAUGUACAACAGCGACCAAUGACCACGAGCCUUCAAGCCCGCAGAGCUCCCUGCUGACGAACCUGUAUCCAAACACUAAAGUCAUCGACUAUCCCUACUCGAUAUCUUCGGAACAAGAUACCCUGACCCUGAUCGACGAGGCUCUCAACACGUGGGGUCGAAUAGACGUCUGGGUGUGUUCGUCCGGGUUACUGGGUCCUCCGUCGAUCGACCUGACCACACCCGCCGAUCUACAAAAAUGUUUCGAGACGAACAGCCUCGCUCCGUUCUUUGCGCUCAAGUACGCACCUCACGCGAUGCAAAAGACCUCUCCGAAAGGAGGGUACGCGAACGCAGCACCGAAAGAUCAAGGAUAUGGCAGUAUCAUAGUGGUCACGAGCACGGCCAGUACAUACGGCGGAUGCUGGGGCCCUUGCUACACGAUGAGUUCACAUGCCGCGUUGGGUGUCGUGAGGGCGGGUGUGACGGUGCUCAAGGGCUCAGGCGUGCGUAUCAAUGCUAUCAGUCCAGGCCAGAUCGACGUUGGGGUCAGUCUGGGAGGCGGAUCGGAUACUGCUGACAUGACUGGUGUGAUGAUGAACAGCAAUGUACAACUACCGCCUGCCGCUUUGCAAACUCCGGCUGCGCAGAAACAGAAUAUCGGAUUGGAGAGGGCUGGACGGCCUGCUGAGGUUGCAAGAGUGGCAGGGUUCCUCGCGUCUGGUUUCAGUAGUUAUAUCACGGGAAGUAACAUGGUCGUUGAUGGAGGGGCAAGUGUCAUGUGUCCUUUGAUGGUUCCGAUAUAGAA